AUGGAAAAUGGAAGCACGCCCACAGCACCAGCUCCACGGCAAGCCCAGAACGAUGACUCCAGGUCUAGAUCUUCCAGCGUAUCGCACAAACGGAGCAUUUCGUCGUCGCUGUUCUCGAGGCUCGCAUUCACUCGUAUGAAUCAGUCGAGCGGGAAUGUUGCCGAACACGGGAGCCCGGGCCCCUGGAUGCAGGAUGAGGAUUCUCGCAACGGGCAGUUGAGCGGCAGAGAGACACCGGAAUCUCGAGCGGGAGUGGGCGGGGGAAGGGCCAUGGCGAGCGCAUUCCAGCACCAAAUUAAGACUAGGAGGAGAAGGGGAUCUUUGAGAAAGACGGCCUUGCUGGGAACGGGCGUCCUGAGGAUGUCGCAGAAAGGGCUGCCGAGUCGGGCCACGGAGCUCUCUCGCGAUGUCUCUCCCGACAAGGAGAACAGACAGGACAACGAGGAAGCUCGUCGUCCUGAUAUCUCUCAACCUGCUGGACGGCACGAAGAGGCUCCGCCGUCGCAGUCAAGCCGUCCGCCGACUCCUCCGCGACCCCCAACGCCUCCCGUGCGCCCGCCUCAACCAGUGUGGCCCCGUCCUCCCUCACAGAGAGGAGACCGGCAGCUACAAGACCAGAAGCAAUCAAUCCCGUCCACGCUCACCUCUUGUCCAACCCUAGAGAGCCGCAGCACCGCAAGCUCCCUGCGCGACGACGCGCCCACCGACGAUGAGGACCUGGUCUCAUUCCCGCCCCUAACCAACGCCCUUUCAAGAGCCUCCAGCCAGACAAGCACCAGCAGCAUUUCCGCCCUAUCCUCCCUCCCACCACGCCGUCUCCCGCUGUCCAUUCCCACCCCACCGUCCAGCUCAGACUCCUACUUCCGCAUCGCCGACGCUGCACAAUCCCGACCGCACGCCCCCUCCCAGCGUGUCCGGUCCCCUCUGGCAACAAAUCCGGCGGAGAUGGCCUCUUCGCCGGAGGGGUGGGACUAUUCUGAAACGGAAUGGUGGGGCUGGAUUAUUCUGAUUGUGACCUGGGUGGUUUUUGUAGUUGGUAUGGGCAGCUGCCUGGGCGUAUGGAGCUGGGCGUGGGAUGUCGGGGAAACGCCCUAUGCGCCGCCAGAGCUGGAGGACGACGCGACGUUGCCGAUCGUGGGAUACUACCCGGCCCUUAUUAUCCUGACGGCGGUCAUGGCAUGGGUCUGGGUGGUUGUUGCGUGGAUGGGGAUGAAGUACUUUCGGCAUGCAAAUAUCUCGGGGGAAGACAUAUGA